UCUCUGGAGAGUGGACCUUGUUCCCACCCUGGGCGGUGCCACUCCAUCUCCCGGUCCUCGCUCACUGGCUGCUCCCUCCAGCUGCGAACGCUGUGAGUGUGUGAAGGCCAGCCUCAGGAUUUGAGCCAUGACUGAGAGGUACCACAAAGCGGCCAGGGAUGGCUACCUCGGUCCCCUGAAGGAGGCCACAAAGAGGGAUCUGAACAGUCCCGAUGAGGACGGAAUGACCCCGACGCUUUGGGCGGCAUAUCACGGCCAUUUGGAGGCUCUGCAGCUCAUCUGCAGCAGAGGUGGCGAUCCUGAUAUCUGUGAUAUCUGGGGCAAUACACCUCUGCACCACGCUUCAACCAAUGGCCACCUUCACAUUGUCACUUUCUUGGUUAACUUUGGUGCAAAUAUUUGGGCUUUGGACAAUGAUUUCCAUUCUGCCAUGGAUGCUGCUGCCAGUAAGGAUCGAAUGGAAUGUGUCCGCUUCCUGGACACAGCUGCCACCAAGCACAUCACCAUGAAUCCGAAACAGGUGGCCAGGCUAAAAGAAAAGGCAGUAAAGGACAGUGAGAAACAAAUCAAACUGUGUGAAAAACGCAAGAAAAAGCACCAAAAUCGGAUGAACAAGAAGUAUAGCCGGGAGAUGGAAGCCCAAAGUGAAGGUGCUGCUUCUUCAGUACAGCAAGGAACUAUAUCCAGUGUCAGCAACCUCUCUACAGUAAGUGAACCACAACACAAAGGUACCAUUUCUUCCAUUAUCAAAGGAUCUCUGCAGAAGAGACUUAAGAAGAAGGAUAACAGCAAAAGCUUCACUCAGCAGCAACUAGAAAAGGAUGUCAUUUUUGUAAAGCAAGAACGAGACAUUGGGAUUCGGGCCAAUGUACUGGAUGUGUUUAAUGAAGGAGAUGAAGAGAAUGCAGCUUCUUCUGAUUUGAAAUCCUCUGACUAUGAUAACAACUUCGGUCAUGAGUCUCUCUUCAAUCGACCAGGAUUGGGAAAUAUGCUCUUCAGGCGGAAUUUUGUUCUGGGUUUAAACGUGGAAGAGGAAAUGUUCAGCAGUAAUGAAGUAGAAGACAUUGGUUCCAAAUUGCGCAGCAUAGUGUUGAAGCCCAAGGAAAUGUCUCCAGAUCUUGAAGCUUUCAGUGAAGAAGAGGAAGAUGAUUUGCCCUGGAACGAAGAUGAUAUCGGUCUGGAUGAUGAUGAGCCUGAGACGACACCACUUGAAACCUUCUUGGCCUGUCAGAAUAUGACAGAGUUCAUCCCUUUCCUGGCAAGAGAGCAGAUUGACCUGGACUCCCUCAUGCUGUGCACUGAUGGCGAUCUGAAAAGUAUCAGUCUGCCGCUCGGACCACGGAAAAAGAUUAUUUCUGCUGUAGAAAGAAGAAAGUUAGUUUUGGAAACACCAAACAAACUAGUGGAUACUGUAUUGUAAGCAAGCUUGCACACCAUUGAGAAGAGCUGGAGUCCGAGCAAUCUCCAGUGUUAAAUCCAGGACCAUCAUCGUUCCCUGGUGGCAGAGAUGGCCGGUGUGAUAUGAAACAGGAACUAUACUGAAGCAUCCAUUACCCAUUUUAUUGGGGGAAGUUAAAUAGAAGUUAGUGGAUCAUUAAAAGUACUCAAAUCUCUGCGUUGCAUGUUUAGGUUUAGCAAAAGGGAGUGGAGAUUUGUGUAUUUUUAAAAAAUUGAGUUUUGGUGUCUGGCACAUGAUUAUGUUCUGGAAUAUAGAUCUUUAACUGUUAUUGGAACCUAUCUGUCCUUUAAAAUGCUCUUCAGUCACUUGGAUAUGUAACAUUACGCUAUAAAAUUGAACUGUUUCACAUUAAUCAUUUCAAAGUGAGAACUUGUGGAAUGGUAAUUUGAAGAGUGCAUUACAGACUCCUCUACAAUAAAUAAAUAAAUAUGAUAAUUAUCCAUGAAUCCCAUUAGAAAUCAGGAUAAAAUACGUUCAAUCAGAGACUGGUGAGAAUUUGGCACUUUCUCCACCAUGGAGUGUUUUGAGGUGAAUAGAAUAGAUGCAUUUAAGGGGAACCUGGGUAAAUGAGAGAGAAAGGUAUAGAAGAUAGGGCUGAAAUAAGUGGAACAGAAGGAGGCUUGUGUGGUCCAUGCAUACCAGCUAAGACCAGCUGGGUGGAAUGGCCAGUUCUGAAUAUCCUUAGACCCUAUGUAAUCUAACCAUUUUUUUGGAUAUAUUUUAUUUUGUUUAUAAAGUCAUAGAGUCAUACAGAAUAGAAACAGACCCUUUGGACCAACUGAUCCAUGCCAACCAGAUGUCCCAUUUGCCAGCAUUUGGCCCAUAUCCCUCUAAACACUUUCUAAUCAUAUAUCCAUCCAGAUGCCUUUUAAAUGUUGUAAUUGUACCAGCCUCCAUCACUUCCUCUGGCAGCUUUUUCACUCUUUGCAUGAAAAAGCUGCCCCUUAGGUCCCUUUUAGAUCUUUCCCCUCUCAUCUAAACCUUCUAGUUUUGGACUCCCCCAGCCUAGGAAAAGGACCUUGACUACUCACCAUGUCCAUGCUUCUCAUGAUUUUAUAAACCUGUAUAAAGUCAACCUUUGUCCUCUGAUGCUCCAAAGAAGAAGCCCCAGUGUAUUCAGCCUCUCCCUAAAAUCAAACACUCGUUCUGGCAACAUCCUUGUAUAUCUUUUCUGCACCUUCUCUAGUUGAACAACAUUCUUCCUAUAGAAGGGCGACCAGAAUUGUACGCAGUAUUCUAAAUGUGGUCUCACCUGUGUCCUGUACAUCUGUAACAUGACGUCCCAACUCCUGUACUCACUGUUCUGAUCAAUGAAGGCAAGCCUCCUAGGUGCCUUCUUUACUACCCCAUCAACCUGCGACUCCACUUUCACAAAAAAAAACUAUAUCCUUACAUCCCUAGGCCUCUCUGUUUGGCAACGCUCCCCAGGGCCCUACCAUUAACUCUGUAACUCCUGCCCUGGUUUACCUUAACAAUUUGCAAAAUGUCAUUCAGUUAUUCUGUCACAAGAUGGAGAAUUUGACCUGGUUUCUAACUAUAAUAUAUUGGGCACUAACCAAUUCUGAUCUGUGUGAUAAGUGCCCUUAUGGCCUCAGCCACUCUAAGGAAAGGAGAGGGGAUUCUUAUGUGAGAUACAGGAUGUAUAAACUGAGCUGACUUUCACACAGGCGACAGUAUACCAACCUGUCUGCACUCCUCGCUCCAGUCCUCCGUUAUAAUAAAUGGUUUUCUGCAUUGUGUAGCAUUUGUGCCUAAACAAAGGAAGAUUGAAUUAUCUAAAUGGAUGCAGUCAAAGUGGAUGAACCAAACAGUCUCAUUAUGGCCAGUAAUAAAUAAAGCAGCAAAAACAGAAACCUAGCUAAUCCACAGUUAAGUGGAAUCUCAAGAGUUGGAAACAUCUCUUCAAGCUUGAGACAACUUCCACAGAUGUUACAUUUGCAAAACUGUCACUCAGAGGACAAUCUAGCUUCCAAUUUUGGAAAAUGUUCCCAAAUUGAUCCCACAACUAAUUUGAGAGGGACGUGUGAAAAGCUGAAUAUGUAUCUUGCCAAUUUUAUCCAUAACCAAGCUCCCAUCUACAAACCCAUGUUCCCCACUGAAGUAAACUGCCAUCCCACCUCUUCACAGCCUCAUCCAAGUGCUGUCAGAUUCUGUUUAUGGAUCAUGAUUCAAUUGUGUGCAAAGAUCAUGUGAAAAUAAAUUGUCAUUUCCCACAAAAAUGGACUAUACUAUUAAAAAAAGUGACAAGGCUUUUUAUUUCUAGUUAUGUACUGUAAACUGGUAAUGUCAUUAAUAAUUCAGCCUCCAUACUUUGUAAGGACAUAGUGUAUCAAUUUGACUAAUAUUUUUGCAACCAUCACUCCUUUGCUUUUCAACAAUUUAAUACAAGGUUUUUCUGUAAAACACAAUUGUAAUUAGAGAUUACUUUUUAAAGCAGAUGUGUGCAUGGCUUUGGGGAAAGAAAGAGGCUCUUUCAGUGUUGUGGCACAAACACAAUGGGCAUUUUGUAUCAUUUCAUAACAUUAUGAAAUCAAGCAUGUAACAAACACUGGUAACAGCUGGACUGAAAUUUGACAACUGACUGUAUUUGUACAAGUUGAGAGUUUUUUUUAACUUGUUAACACUAGAUUUGUGUUUUCACAGGCUAAAGUAAAUACGUCUUUAAUUUGUUUGAAUAGUCUCAUUAUUCUGAUUCAACAUCAUCCGAUUUAGUGGAACAAUAUUUUGUAAAAUGAAAAUUGUACUUCGUAAAAUGUUAGGAUUUCUGUUUGUUUUUAACUUCCCAACAAUCAUAAACCAGUUUGGCGGUGACUGUGUCUUCAAUGGCCAUACCUGGAAGAAAUUACACCAAAAGAAAACAGCUUUAGCAGUCAAAGUUUCAUUUAAACAAUAAGUGUGACAGGCUGAAUGAAGAUUUUGUACAAUGGAAUAUCCAUUCCUGUGCUCAUUAAGGUCAUACCAAAAGUAUGGCAGAUGUGCUGGAUCUCUCUGUAAUUUAAAAGAGGAUUUUGCAGCCGUUUGCCCUUUCCCACUGACUGACACAUAGCAGCAAAAGUCUUGUGUUCACUCCCACAGGCUGUGCUGACUCCACCGGGCACACAGGAUUGAAAACAGGCCAGCCAUAUCAUCACCAAUUGCCAGCAACUCCUGCUAGAAAUGUGAGAGAGGCUGGGUGGGGACAGUCAGACUUAGUGGUGAUGCUAAGUUGUAAUGACAGAUUCUUCACUCAGAAGGAAGUUAAAAGGUAUUGGAGACAUGCAGGAAUGUGGAAUUCAGGCCAUAAUCAGAUCAGCUGUGACCCUAUUAAAUGGCAAAACAGGCAUGAGGGGAUGAUUGACUGAAACCUGCUUCUAAUUCCUGUGUUUGUAUGCUGCAGCAUUUCAACGACUUGCUGAUACUCACUGACACAAAAAAAUCAUAAAUUGGAAGGCAAAUUAAUGCUGUGAAAUGGUGCUGCAAAAAAGCAGUCAGAAUGGAAACAAAACAGCCCUUCAGGGUCUAGGCCCAAAACGUCAGCUUUUGUGCUCCUAAGAUGCUGCUUGGCCUGCUGUGUUCAUCCAGCUUCACACUGGAGUUUUACUGCACUGUCUGGUUCAAUGUAAGGUGUGAUGCAAAAUUUCAGCAUUUGACCCACAAGAGAUAGGGGUAAAACAGACUUUCAGAGCUGGAUUGACCAGCAGAAUGUGAGGCAAUUUGUUGAGUUAUUUAUUCUUUAACAACAAAUGUAAGAAUUAAACCAAUCCUACAACUGAAUAAAAUACGUUUCUUUUUGACUCAA